AAAAGACAGCGGUAUCAAAGCAAUACCAGUCAAGGCAUUCGUCUCUAAAGCAAAAUGUUGUCCAAAGUGGUGUUGAUGUGCGCUGUUGCGGCCGUAUGUCAGGCUGGUCUCCUGCACCAUGCCCCUGCUGUGUCAUCGCACAGCGUCGUCCGACACGAGCAAACAGUUCACCACGAGUCUCCUAUACACUACUCAGCACCCGUGGUCCACGCAGCGCCUGAGAUCCACGCAGCGCCUCCUUUCCACGCAGCCCCUGAAAUCCACGCAGCUCCCGCGUAUCAUUCCGCAUCUGAGAUCCACUCAGGCCAUGACUACCACGCGGCUCCUGCGAUCCAUUCCUUCCACAGCGCACCAGCUAUUCAUGCAGCUCCCGCCGUACACGCUGCCCCUGCGAUCCACGCGGCCCCUGCUAUUCACGUCGCCCCCGCGGUCCAUGCUGCUCCAGCAAUCCAUGCUGCGGUUGCCCACGAUGACCACUAUGUCGAUGAAUAUGCUCAUCCCAAGUAUGGCUACUCAUACUCCGUGGAGGACCCUCACACCGGCGACCACAAGUCCCAGCACGAGACCCGCGACGGCGACGUCGUGAAGGGCGAAUAUUCCCUGCUCCAGCCUGAUGGCUCCUUCCGCAAGGUUACGUACACUGCUGAUCACCACAAUGGCUUCAACGCCGUCGUCCACAACACUCCUCCAGUGAUCCACCAUCAUUAAGACAACGCGUUCGACCCAUCUGUGAUAUUAGUGUUAAUACUGUAGCCAUGUAGUGAUCGAAUCUGCAACUCCGAUUGUUCUCAUGUAUGCCUGUGAAGUCGUUCUAUUCCUCUUUAAGUGUAUGUUUGUAGCUCUCUUUAGAAUCUUGAUCUUUGUACAUAAUCUUAAAGUAUCUUAACUCUUUAAGGUAGAAUGUAGCUCAUCGUAGUAGUUCUAUUUGGCGGUUCUGGGCAAAUCAAAGACAUUGAGCUAUUUCUACGAAUAAUAAAGUGUAUGUGUGUUAUUAUAAA